GCAGCAGCAGUCAAAGAUCCCAGAGCAGCCCUGGUAGUCAAGGAUGAACAACUCACAUGGGAGGAGUUCAACAAGGCAGCACCAAGAAUGAUCAUGUCAAUGAGAGUCCAUGACUGGCCCAAUGACAGGGUCCAGAUGCACAUCCAAUUCUGGACUGUACUCCAAGAACAUUGCUGGUGUCACACCCCAGACAUGCUCAAGCAAAGAGCACUUCUGCUAUACCAGUCACAGCAAAGGCACAGAUGGCACCUCACAGUGGGAACAGUGCAUGACUGGAGCCUGGAAGAGAUCAAUCAAGAUCUACUUCUAGAAGCUAGGAAAGACUUAUUUAAUGAGCAGCAUGACUAG